AUUUUUUGGUGGAUUUUCCUGCAGACUUACUUUUGUUGAAUUUGCUUCACGCCCCUCGCGCCGGUACGGACCCGGCGCAGAUGCACGCUGGUGGCGUCUUCAGAUGAUGGGCGUGCGGUGUGCGCCUGGCAGCUGGGAGGAACCCGCAGGAAAGAUGCCCUCUGAAUCCUUCUGUUUGGGUGCCCAGGCGCGACUGGACUCCAAAUGGCUGAAAACAGAUAUACAGCUUGCAUUCACGAGAGAUGGGCUCUGUGGUCUGUGGAAUGAAAUGGUUAAAGAUGGAGAAAUUAUAUAUACUGGGUCAGAAUUCAGCCAGAAUGGAGAAUUCCCUCCUAGAAAAGAUGAUGGUGUUGAUACCCAAAGUGGAAUGAAGAAAGAAGAUCUGAGUGACAAGGAGAAGAAGGAUGAAGAAGAGGCUCCGGCCCCUGCCUGUAGCGCCAAGGCCAUCCUGGAGAGCUGGGUGUGGGGCAAGCAGCCAGAUGUGAAGGAGCUGAAGGAGUGCCUCUCUGUGCUGGUUAAAGAGCAGCAAGCUCUGGCCAUGCAGUCGGCCACCACCACGCUCUCGGCCCUGAGACUCAAGCAGAGGCUGGUGAUCCUGGAGCGCUAUUUCAUUGCCUUGAACAGAAGUGUGUUUCAGGAGAGUGUCAAGGUGAAGUGGAAAAGCAACCAUGUUUCUCAGCCUCCCAUGGACAAGAAAAGUGCCCGGCCCACAGGCAGAGGUGUGGAAGGACUUGCUAGAGUUGGAUCCCGAGCAGCACUUUCCUUUGCCUUUGCAUUCUUACGAAGGGCCUGGCGGUCAGGUGAGGACGCGGACCUCUGCAGUGAGCUGUUGCAAGAGUCCCUGGAUGCCCUGCGAGCUCUGCCCGAGGCAUCCCUCUUCGACGAGAGCUCGGUAUCCUCCGUGUGGCUGGAGGUGGUAGAGAGAGCAGCCAGGUUCCUCAGGUCCGUCGUGACAGGGGAUGUUCACGGGACACCAGGCACCAAAGGUCCCGGAGGAGUCCCUCUGCAGGACCAGCACUUGGCCCUGGCCAUCCUGCUGGAACUGGCUGUGCAGAGAGGCACACUGAGCCAAAUGUUGUCUGCCAUCCUGUUGUUGCUUCAACUGUGGGACAGUGGGGCUCAGGAAACGGACAAUGAACGCUCUGCCCAGGGCACCAGUGCCCCCCUGCUUCCUCUGCUGCAGAGGUUCCAGAGCAUCAUCUGUAGCAAAGACACACCGCAGGCCGAGGUGGACACACAUCUUUUAUCUGGGCCUCUGAGUCCCAAUGAGAGUUUCCUGAGGUACCUUACUCUUCCUCAAGACAAUGAGCUUGCCAUUGAUUUAAGACAAACUGCAGUUGUCGUCAUGGCCCAUUUAGACCGCCUGGCUACUCCCUGUAUGCCGCCUCUGUGUAGCUCCCCAACGUCUCAUAAGGGAUCAUUGCAGGAGGUCAUAGGUUGGGGGUUAAUAGGAUGGAAAUACUAUGCCAAUGUAAUCGGCCCAAUCCAGUGUGAAGGCCUUGCCAACCUUGGGGUCACACAGGUUGCAUGUGCAGAGAAGCGCUUCCUGAUCCUGUCCCGCAGUGGCCGAGUGUAUACGCAGGCCUACAACAGCGACACCCUGGCCCCACAACUGGUCCAAGGUCUUGCCUCCAGAAAUAUUGUAAAAAUUGCUGCCCAUUCUGAUGGUCAUCACUAUCUGGCCUUGGCUGCCACUGGAGAGGUGUAUUCCUGGGGCUGUGGGGACGGUGGACGACUGGGCCACGGGGACACUGUGCCUCUGGAGGAGCCAAGGGUGAUCUCUGCCUUUUCAGGGAAACAGGGAGGGAAGCAUGUGGUGCACAUCGCCUGCGGCAGCACCUACAGCGCAGCCAUCACUGCUGAGGGGGAGCUGUACACCUGGGGCCGAGGAAACUACGGCCGGCUGGGCCAUGGUUCUAGUGAAGAUGAGGCCAUUCCAAUGCUGGUGGCUGGUCUUAAAGGACUGAAAGUCAUUGACGUUGCAUGUGGCAGUGGGGAUGCCCAGACUCUGGCUGUGACUGAGAACGGACAAGUGUGGUCUUGGGGAGAUGGAGACUAUGGCAAAUUGGGCAGAGGUGGUAGUGAUGGCUGCAAAACGCCAAAGCUGAUUGAAAAGCUUCAGGAUUUAGAUGUCGUCAAAGUUCGCUGUGGAAGUCAAUUUUCAAUUGCUUUGACAAAAGAUGGCCAAGUUUAUUCAUGGGGAAAAGGUGACAAUCAAAGACUUGGUCAUGGAACAGAGGAACAUGUCCGUUAUCCCAAACUUUUGGAAGGCUUGCAAGGGAAGAAGGUGAUUGAUGUUGCUGCAGGCUCUACCCACUGUUUGGCUCUCACUGAGGACAGCGAGGUGCACAGCUGGGGGAGCAAUGACCAGUGCCAGCACUUUGACACUUUGCGUGUGACCAAGCCAGAACCUGCUGCACUGCCAGGACUGGACACCAAGCACAUAGUCGGCAUUGCGUGCGGGCCAGCCCAGAGCUUUGCUUGGUCCUCGUGCUCCGAGUGGUCCAUCGGUCUCCGCGUCCCUUUCGUGGUAGACAUCUGCUCGAUGACUUUUGAGCAGCUGGAUCUCCUUCUGCGGCAAGUGAGUGAGGGAAUGGACGGCACUGCAGAUUGGCCCCCACCCCAGGAGAAGGAGUGCGUGGCCGUGGCGACAUUGAAGCUUCUACGACUUCAGUUGCAUGCUGCCAUUAGUCACCAGGUUGACCCGGAAUUCCUUGGUUUAGGUCUGGGCAGUGUCCUCCUGAACAGCCUGAAGCAGACUGUGGUGACGCUGGCCAGCAGUGCGGGCGUGCUGAACACUGUGCAGUCUGCUGCCCAGGCUGUGCUGCAGAGCGGCUGGUCUGUGCUGCUUCCCACGGCCGAGGAGCGGGCCCGCGCGCUUUCUGCGCUCCUGCCCUGCACAGUUUCAGGGAAUGAAGUAAACAUAAGUCCAGGUCGUCGAUUCAUGAUUGAUCUGCUGGUAGGCAGCCUGAUGGCUGAUGGAGGAUUGGAGUCAGCCCUGAAUGCAGCCAUUUCUGCAGAGAUCCAGGAUAUUGAGGCUAAAAAUGAAGCACAGAAGGAAAAAGAAAUUGAUGAACAGGAAGCAAAUGCCUCAACAUUUCAUAGAAGUAGGACUCCUCUGGAUAAAGACCUUAUUAAUACAGGGAUCUAUGAAUCUUCUGGGAAACAGUGUUUGCCUCUGGUCCACCUCAUACAGCAGCUUCUUAGAAACAUUGCUUCUCAGACCAUAGCCAGGCUGAAAGACGUUGCUCGUCGGAUUUCAUCAUGUCUGGACUUUGAGCACCACAGCCGUGAGAGGUCUGCUUCAUUGGACUUGUUACUGCGUUUUCAGCGUUUACUUAUCAGCAAACUUUAUCCCGGAGAGAGCACUUGCCAGAACUCAGAUAUUUCUAGUCCUGAGCUGACGGGUGUUGGCUCCUUGCUGAAGAAGUACACGGCCCUUCUGUGCACACACAUUGGAGACAUCCUGCCUGUGGCGGCCAGCGUUGCUGCAGUCAGCUGGCGGCACUUUGCAGAGGUGGCCUGUAUUGUGGAAGGGGACUUCACUGGUGUUCUCCUUCCAGAGCUGGUGGUCUCAAUAGUACUUCUGCUCAGUAAAAACCCUGCCCUCAUGCAAGAGGCUGGAGCUGUCCCCCUGCUGGGUGGCCUGCUGGAGCACCUAGAUCGCUUCAAUCACUUGGCUCCUGGAAAGGAGCGGGAUGACCAUGAAGAGUUGGCUUGGCCUGGCAUAAUGGAGUCAUUUUUUACGGGUCAGAGUUGUAGAAAUAAUGAGGAAGUGACCCUUAUACGGAAAGCUGAUUUGGAGAACCACAAUAAGGAUGGAGGCUUCUGGACUGUGAUUGACGGGAAAGUGUACGACAUAAAGGAUUUCCAGGCACAGUCCUUAACAGGAAAUAGCAUUCUAGCUCAAUUUGCAGGGGAAGACCCAGUGGUUGCUUUGGAAGCAGCUUUGCAGUUUGAAGACACUCGGGAGUCCAUGCACGCGUUCUGCGUUGGCCAGUACUUAGAGCCUGACCAAGAAGUUGUUACCAUACCAGACCUGGGAAGUCUGUCUUCACCUCUGAUAGACACAGAGAGGAAUCUGGGCCUGCUUCUCGGACUCCAUGCUUCCUAUUUAGCAGUGAGCACACCGCUGUCUCCUGUCGAGAUUGAAUGCGCCAAGUGGCUUCAGUUGUCCAUUUUCUCUGGAGGUCUGCAGACCAGCCAGAUCCACUACAGCUACAAUGAGGAGAAAGAUGAAGACCACUGUAGCUCUCCUGGGGGCACUCCUGCCAGCAAAUCCCGACUUUGCUCUCACAGACGGGCCUUGGGUGACCAUUCCCAGGCAUUCCUUCAAGCCAUUGCUGACAAUAACAUUCAGGAUCACAAUGUGAAAGACUUCCUGUGUCAAAUUGAAAGGUACUGUAGGCAGUGCCACUUGACCACACCCAUCACCCUCCCUCCUGAGCAUCCGGUGGAGGAGGUUGGCCGUUUGCUCUUAUGCUGCCUCUUAAAGCAUGAAGACUUAGGUCAUGUGGCGUUGUCUUUAGUUCACACAGGUGCGCUUGGUAUUGAGCAAGUAAAGCACCGAACAUUGCCUAAAGCAGUGGUGGAUGUUUGUCGAGUUGUCUACCAAGCAAAAUGUUCACUCAUUAAGACUCAUCAGGAACAAGGCCGUUCUUAUAAGGAGGUCUGUGCUCCCGUCAUUGAACGUUUGCGGUUCCUCUUUAACGAACUGAGACCUGCUGUUUGCAAUGACCUCUCUAUAAUGUCUAAAUUUAAGCUCUUAAGUUCUUUGCCCCGUUGGAGGAGGAUAGCUCAGAAGAUAAUUCGAGAACGGAGGAGAAACAGAGUUCCCAAGAAGCCAGAGUCUGCUGAUGAUGAAGAAAAAAUUGGAAAUGAAGACAGUGAUUUAGAGGAAGCUUGUAUUUUGGCUCAUAGUCCAAUAAAUGUGGACAAAAGACCUGUAGCAAUUAAGUCUCCUAAGGAUAAAUGGCAGCCCCUGUUGAGUACAGUUACAGGGGUUCACAAGUACAAGUGGUUGAAGCAGAAUGUGCAAGGCCUUUAUCCACAGUCUGCACUCCACAGUACAAUUGCUGAGUUUGCCCUUAAAGAAGAACCAGUGGAUGUAGAAAAAAUGAGAAAAUGCCUACUAAAACAGCUGGAGAGAGCAGAGGUUCGUCUGGAAGGCAUAGAUACAAUUUUGAAACUGGCAGCCAAAAGUUUCUUACUUCCGUCUGUGCAGUAUGCGAUGUUUUGUGGAUGGCAAAGACUUAUUCCUGAGGGAAUCGAUAUAGGGGCGCCUCUUACUGAUUGCUUAAAGGGUGUUGAUUUGAUCCCGCCCUUUAAUCGGAUGCUGCUAGAAGUAACUUUUGGAAAGUUGUGUGCUUGGGCUGUUCAGAAUAUUCGAAAUGUCUUGAUGGAUGCAAAUGCCAAAUUUAAAGAACUUGGUAUUCAGCCUGUUCCCCUGCAAACUAUUACCAAUGGGAACUCGUCGGGACCAAGCCUGGGGACGAUUCCACAAGCUCGCUUUCUCCUGGUGAUGCUCAGCAUGCUCACCUUGCAGCAUGGCGCAAACAACCUCGACCUUCUGCUCAACUCUGGCACACUGGCCCUCACACAGACCACACUGCGGCUGAUUGGUCCUAGCAGUGACAACAUAGAGGAAGAUAUGAGUGCAUCUGCCCGAGGAGCCUCUGCUACGGUUUUGGAGGAAACCAGGAAGGAAACUGCUCCGGUACAACUCCCUGUUGCAGGGCCAGAGCUGGCCGCCAUGAUGAAGAUUGGAACUAGGGUCAUGAGAGGGGUGGAUUGGAAAUGGGGUGAUCAGGAUGGGCCUCCCCCAGGCUUGGGCCGUGUGAUCGGUGAGCUCGGAGAAGAUGGGUGGAUUAGGGUCCAGUGGGACACAGGUAGCACCAACUCAUACAGGAUGGGCAAAGAAGGAAAGUAUGACCUCAAACUGGCAGAGCUGCCUGCUUCUGCGCAGCCCUUGGCAGAAGACUCGGACACAGAGGAUGACUCUGAAGCUGAGCAGACUGAAAAGAACACCCACCCUACGGCGGUGAUGCUCACUAGCACCAUUAACUUGCUGCAGGCCCUGUGCCUCUCCGUGGGCGUGCAUGCCGAAGUCAUGCAGAGCGAGGCCACCAGGACACUGUGUGGGCUGCUGCGAAUGUUAGUGGAAAGCGGAACCACGGACAAGACAUCUUCUCCCAGCAGGCUGGUGUGCAGGGAGCAGCACCGAAGCUGGUGCACGCUGGGAUUCGUGCGGAGCAUCGCGCUUACCCCGCAGGUGUGCGGGGCCCUCAGCUCCCCGCAGUGGAUCUCACUGCUCAUGAAGGUUGUGGAAGGGCACGCGCCUUUCACUGCAGCAUCACUGCAGAGACAGAUUUUAGCUGUGCACCUACUGCAGGCGGUCCUUCCAUCAUGGGAUAAGAUGGACAGGGCAAGGGACAUGAAGUGCCUCGUUGAGAAGCUGGCUGGCUUCUUGGGCAGUUUGCUUGCCACUUGCCCUUCUGAUAUCCCAUUACUCAGAGAGUCAACGCUGAGGCGGCGGCGGGCCCGGCCACAGGCCUCUCUCACUGCCACACACAGCAGCACGCUGGCUGAGGAGGUGGUGGCGCUGCUGCGCACCCUGCACUCGCUGGCGCAGUGGAACGGACUCAUCAACAAGUACAUCAACUCCCAGCUCUGCUCUGUCACCCUCAGCUCCAUGGGGAAGCUGUCAGAGGGGGCCCAGUUAGAGGACUACUUUCCUGACUCUGAGAACCCUGAAGUGGGGGGCCUCAUGGCAGUCCUGGCUGUGAUUGGAGGCAUCGAUGGUCGCCUGCGCCUUGGGGGUCAGGUCAUGCAUGAGGAGUUUGGAGAGGGCACCGUGACUCGCAUCACCCCGAAGGGCAGAAUCACCGUGCAGUUCUCUGACAUGCGAAUGUGCCGAGUUUGCCCACUGAAUCAGCUGAAACCACUCCCUGCUGUGGCCUUCAGUGUGACCAACCUGCCCUUCACAGAGCCCAUGCUGUCUGUCUGGGCUCAGUUGGUGAACCUUGCUGGAAGCAAACUGCAAAAGCACAAGAUAAAGAAAUCCCCUAAGCAGGCCUUUGCAGGACAAGUAGACUUGGAUCUGCUACGGAGCCAGCAGUUAAAGCUGUACAUACUGAAAGCAGGGUGGGCACUGCUUUCCCACCAAGAUAAGCUGCGGCAGAUCUUGUCGCAGCCAGCUGUUCAGGAGACUGGAACUGUUCAUACAGAUGAUGGAGCAGCCGCCUCCCCGGAGCUGGGGGACAUGUCUCCUGAAGGACCUCAGCCCCCUAUGAUUCUCCUGCAGCAGCUACUGGCUUCAGCCACCCAGCCGGUACUCGUACAUGCCUCCAUACCACUCUUGUCUGUCCAGGCUGCUGCUUUGGCCGUGUGUCAGUGCUUGGCUGUGGAGUCCACUCAUCCUUCGAGCCCAGGCUUCGAGGACUGCAGCUCCAGUGAGGCCACAACACCGAUCUCCGUGCAGCACACCCGCCCUGCCAGGGUGAAGAGGCGCAAGCAGUCGCCAGUCCCUGCUCUGCCAGUUGUGGUACAGCUCAUGGAAAUGGGCUUUCCUCGCAGGAACAUUGAGUUUGCUCUGAAGUCGCUCACUGGUGCUUCUGGGAAUGCGUCUAGCUUGCCUGGUGUGGAGGCCUUGGUAGGAUGGCUGCUGGACCACUCCGAUGUCCAGAUCACAGAGCUCUCGGAUGCAGAAACAGUGUCUGAUGAGUAUUCUGAUGAAGAGGUGGUGGAGAGCCUGGAGGACGUGGCCUGUUCCCUGUCUAUGGGUGCUGUUGUGACGGAGAGCCAGACUUAUAAAAAGCGAGCUGAUUUCUUGAGUAAUGAUGAUUAUGCUGUGUAUGUCAGAGAGAACAUUCAGGUGGGAAUGAUGGUUAGAUGCUGUCGAACAUAUGAAGAAGUAUGUGAAGGUGAUGUGGGCAAAGUCAUCAAAUUGGACAGAGACGGAUUGCAUGACCUCAAUGUGCAGUGUGAUUGGCAGCAGAAAGGGGGCACCUACUGGGUUAGGUAUAUUCACGUGGAACUUAUAGGCUAUCCUCCACCAAGUUCUUCUUCUCACAUCAAAAUUGGUGAUAAAGUUCGGGUCAAAGCCUCUGUUACCACGCCAAAAUACAAGUGGGGAUCUGUGACUCAUCAAAGUGUGGGAAUUGUGAAAGCAUUCAGUGCCAAUGGAAAAGACAUCAUUGUUGACUUUCCCCAGCAAUCUCAUUGGACUGGGUUGUUGUCAGAAAUGGAGUUGGUGCCUAGUGUACAUCCUGGUGUUACGUGUGAUGGCUGUCAAAUGUUUCCUAUCAAUGGAUCCAGAUUCAAAUGCAGAAACUGUGAUGACUUUGACUUUUGUGAAACAUGUUUCAAGACCAAAAAGCACAACACUAGGCAUACAUUUGGCAGAAUAAAUGAACCAGGUAGGACAGAAUGGUUAUCUCAUUGGAUUCGUUUGGAGAUUUUCCCAGAUGUUCUUGUUCAUAGAUUAAAAAUGAUAGUAGAUCCUGCAGACAGUAGCUACAUGCCAUCCCUGGUUGUAGUGUCAGGUGGAAAUUCCCUGAAUAACCUAAUUGAACUAAAGACAAUCAACAUUAACCCCACUGAUACCACCGUGCCCCUUCUGAAUGACUGCACAGAGUACCACAGGUACAUUGAAAUCGCCAUAAAGCAGUGCAGGAGCUCUGGCAUCGACUGUAAGAUCCAUGGGCUCAUUCUCCUGGGCCGCAUCCGUGCGGAGGAAGAGGGCUUGGCUGCAGUUCCUUUCUUGGCUUCAGAUGACGAAGAAGAAGAAGAUGACAGAGGCAGCAGCGGGAGCCUUAUUAGGAAGAAGGCUGCAGGGUUGGAAUCAGCAGCUACAAUAAGAACGAAGGUGUUUGUAUGGGGACUGAAUGACAAGGACCAACUGGGCGGGCUCAAAGGCUCCAAGAUAAAAGUCCCUUCCUUCUCUGAGACUCUGUCUGCAUUGAAUGUUGUACAGGUGGCUGGUGGUUCUAAAAGUUUGUUUGCAGUGACUGUGGAAGGGAAGGUGUAUGCCUGUGGAGAAGCCACCAACGGCCGGCUGGGGCUGGGCUUAUCAAGUGGGACAGUUCCCAUUCCACGGCAGAUCACAGCCCUCAGCAGUUACGUGGUCAAAAAGGUGGCUGUUCAUUCAGGUGGCCGGCAUGCUACGGCUCUAACCGUUGAUGGCAAAGUAUUUUCUUGGGGUGAAGGUGAUGACGGAAAACUCGGACACUUCAGCAGAAUGAACUGUGACAAGCCCAGGCUGAUAGAAGCACUGAAAACCAAGCGCAUCCGGGACAUUGCCUGUGGGAGCUCUCAUAGUGCAGCCCUCACCUCCAGUGGAGAACUGUAUACCUGGGGCCUCGGGGAGUAUGGCCGUUUGGGACAUGGUGAUAAUACCACACAGCUGAAGCCCAAGAUGGUGAAAGUCCUUCUUGGUCACAGAGUAGUCCAGGUUGCCUGUGGAAGCAGAGAUGCACAGACGCUGGCACUGACAGAUGAAGGUUUGGUGUUUUCCUGGGGUGAUGGUGAUUUUGGAAAAUUGGGCCGGGGAGGAAGUGAAGGCUGUAACAUUCCCCAAAACAUCGAGAGACUAAACGGUCAGGGAGUAUGCCAGAUUGAGUGUGGUGCUCAGUUCUCCUUGGCUCUCACUAAGUCAGGAGUGGUGUGGACAUGGGGAAAGGGGGAUUACUUCCGGUUGGGCCAUGGCUCUGAUGUACAUGUGCGGAAACCACAGGUGGUUGAAGGACUGAGAGGGAAGAAGAUUGUGCAUGUGGCUGUUGGGGCACUGCACUGCCUGGCAGUAACAGACUCGGGGCAGGUGUAUGCUUGGGGUGAUAAUGACCACGGUCAGCAAGGCAAUGGCACCACCACAGUUAAUAGAAAGCCUACACUUGUGCAAGGCUUAGAAGGCCAGAAGAUCACACGGGUGGCUUGUGGGUCAUCGCACAGUGUAGCGUGGACAACUGUGGAUGUGGCCACGCCCUCUGUCCACGAGCCCGUCCUUUUCCAGACUGCAAGAGACCCCUUAGGUGCUUCCUAUUUAGGUGUGCCUUCAGAUGCUGAUUCUUCUGCUGCCAGUAAUAAAAUAAGUGGUGCAAAUAAUUCUAAGCCAAAUCGCCCUUCUCUUGCAAAGAUCCUGCUGUCAUUGGAUGGUAGCCUAGCCAAACAGCAGGCCUUAUCACAUAUUCUUACAGCCCUACAAAUCAUGUAUGCCAGAGAUGCAGUGGUUGGGGCCCUGAUGCCUGCGGCCAUGAUCGCCCCAGUGGAGUGCACUUCCUUUUCCUCGUCAGCGCCACCUUCUGAUGCAUCUGCCAUGGCCAGUCCCAUGAAUGCAGAGGACUGCAUACUGGCUGUUGAUCUCGAAGACAGACUGAGUCCCGGUCCAUGGCAAGAGAAGCGAGAGAUCGUCUCCUCUGAAGAUGCUGUGACCCCUUCUGCAGUGACACCAUCUGCCCCCUCAGCUUCCUCUCGGCCCUUUAUCCCUGUGACAGAUGAUCCCGGAGCUGCCAGCAUCAUUGCAGAAACCAUGACUAAAACCAAAGAGGACGUUGAAAGCCAAAAUAAAGCAUCAGGCCCGGAACCACAGUCCUUGGAUGAGUUCACCAGUCUGCUGAUCGUGGAUGACACCCGUGUGGUGGUGGAUCUGCUCAAGUUGUCCGUGUGCAGCCGGGCUGGGGACAGGGGCAGGGAGGUGCUUUCAGCUGUGCUCUCUGGCAUGGGCACUGCCUACCCACAGGUGGCAGAUAUGCUGUUGGAACUCUGUGUCACUGAGCUGGAGGAUGUAGCCACAGACUCGCAGAGCGGCCGUCUCUCCUCACAGCCUGUGGUGGUGGAGAGUAGCCAUCCGUACACUGAUGACACGUCUACCAGUGGCACGGUGAAGAUACCAGGUGCAGAAGGCCUCAGGGUGGAAUUUGACCGCCAGUGCUCUACAGAGAGACGCCAUGACCCUCUCACAGUCAUGGACGGCGUCAACAGGAUCGUGUCCGUGCGGUCAGGCCGAGAGUGGUCGGACUGGUCCAGUGAGUUGCGGAUCCCAGGGGAUGAACUGAAGUGGAAAUUCAUCAGCGAUGGGUCUGUGAAUGGCUGGGGCUGGCGCUUCACAGUCUAUCCCAUCAUGCCAGCUGCAGGCCCCAAGGACCUCUUGUCUGAUCGCUGUGUCCUCUCCUGUCCAUCGAUGGACUUGGUGACCUGUCUUCUGGACUUCCGACUUAAUCUCACCUCCAACAGAAACAUAGUCCCUCGCCUUGCGGCCUCACUGGCAGCCUGCGCACAGUUGAGUGCCUUAGCAGCCAGUCACAGAAUGUGGGCCCUUCAAAGACUGAGGAAGCUGCUUACCACGGAAUUUGGGCAGUCAAUUAACAUAAACAGGCUGCUUGGAGAAAAUGAUGGGGAGACGAGAACUUUGAGUUUUACAGGCAGUGCUCUCGCAGCUUUGGUGAAAGGGCUUCCAGAAGCUUUGCAGAGGCAGUUUGAAUAUGAAGAUCCUAUUGUGAGGGGUGGCAAGCAGCUGCUCCAUAGCCCAUUCUUUAAGGUACUUGUGGCCCUUGCUUGUGACUUGGAGCUCGACACGCUUCCGUGCUGUGCUGAGACGCAUAGGUGGGCUUGGUUCCGACGGUACUGCAUGGCCUCCCGAGUCGCUGUGGCCCUGGACAAGAGAGCGCCGCUGCCCCGUGUGUUUCUUGAUGAGGUGGCAAAGAAAAUUCGUGAGUUAAUGGCAGACACUGAAAACAUGGAUGUUCUCCAUGAGAGCCAUGACAUUUUUAAAAGAGAGCAAGAUGAACAACUUGUGCAGUGGAUGAACAGGCGACCAGAUGACUGGACUCUUUCUGCGGGCGGCAGUGGAACCAUUUAUGGAUGGGGUCAUAAUCAUAGAGGGCAGCUAGGAGGCAUAGAAGGUGCAAAGGUUAAAGUUCCCACUCCCUGUGAAGCUCUCGCAGCGCUCAGGCCGGUACAGCUGAUUGGUGGAGAGCAAACACUUUUUGCUGUGACAGCUGAUGGGAAGCUAUAUGCCACUGGUUAUGGUGCUGGUGGCAGACUAGGGAUUGGAGGGACAGAGUCAGUGUCUGCUCCAACAUUGCUGGAGUCCAUCCAGCAUGUGUUCAUCAAGAAGGUGGCUGUGAACUCUGGAGGAAAGCACUGCCUUGCCCUCUCCUCUGAAGGAGAGGUGUACUCUUGGGGUGAGGCCGAAGAUGGGAAGCUGGGACAUGGAAACCGAAGUCCAUGUGACCGUCCUCGUGUCAUCGAGUCUCUGAGAGGAAUUGAAGUGGUUGACGUUGCUGCAGGGGGAGCCCACAGUGCCUGUGUCACAGCAGCUGGAGACCUGUACACAUGGGGCAAAGGCCGGUAUGGCCGCCUGGGACACAGCGACAGUGAGGACCAGUUAAAGCCGAAGCUGGUGGAGGUGUUGCAGGGCCACCGUGUGGUCGAUAUUGCCUGUGGGAGUGGUGACGCCCAGACCCUCUGCCUCACUGAUGACGACACCGUGUGGUCCUGGGGGGAUGGGGACUAUGGCAAGCUUGGCAGAGGAGGCAGCGAUGGCUGCAAAGUGCCCAUGAAGAUUGAUUCUCUCACUGGCCUUGGAGUAGUUAAAGUGGAAUGCGGGUCCCAGUUUUCUGUUGCUCUUACCAAAUCUGGAGCUGUUUAUACUUGGGGCAAAGGUGACUAUCACAGGCUGGGCCAUGGAUCUGAUGACCACGUUCGAAGACCUCGACAGGUCCAAGGACUUCAGGGGAAGAAAGUCAUUGCCAUUGCCACUGGCUCCUUGCAUUGCGUGUGCUGUACAGAGGAUGGAGAGGUUUAUACAUGGGGUGACAACGAUGAGGGACAGCUAGGAGAUGGAACAACAAAUGCCAUUCAGAGACCUCGCUUGGUAGCUGCUCUUCAGGGUAAGAAAGUCAACCGCGUGGCCUGUGGUUCAGCACAUACACUUGCCUGGUCGACCAGCAAGCCUGCCAGUGCUGGCAAGCUCCCUGCACAGGUCCCCAUGGAGUAUAAUCAUUUGCAAGAAAUCCCUAUCAUUGCCCUGCGGAACCGACUGCUGCUGCUGCAUCACAUCUCAGAGCUCUUCUGCCCCUGCAUCCCUAUGUUUGACCUGGAGGGCUCUCUCGACGAAACUGGACUUGGGCCUUCUGUUGGGUUUGACACUCUUCGGGGGAUUCUCAUAUCCCAGGGAAAGGAGGCGGCUUUUAGAAAAGUAGUGCAAGCAACUAUGGUGCGAGAUCGUCAACAUGGUCCUGUCGUGGAGCUGAACCGAAUCCAGGUCAAGCGCUCAAGAAGUAAAGGUGGGUUGGCCGGCCCCGACGGCACCAAGUCCGUCUUUGGGCAGAUGUGCGCCAAGAUGAGCUCCUUUAGUCCUGACAGCCUCCUCCUCCCUCACCGCGUCUGGAAGGUCAAGUUUGUGGGUGAGUCUGUGGAUGACUGUGGAGGCGGCUACAGCGAGUCCAUAGCAGAGAUCUGUGAGGAGCUGCAGAACGGACUCACCCCGCUUCUCAUCGUGACGCCCAAUGGAAGGGAUGAGUCCGGGGCCAACCGCGACUGCUACCUGUUCAACCCGGCCGCCAAGGCGCUCGUGCACAGCAGCAUGUUCCGCUUUCUGGGAGUGUUGCUGGGCAUUGCCAUCCGAACUGGGAGCCCCUUGAGCCUCAGCCUCGCUGAGCCUGUGUGGAAGCAGCUGGCUGGGAUGAGCCUCACCAUUGCGGACCUCAGCGAGGUUGAUAAAGAUUUCAUUCCUGGGCUCAUGUACAUCCGUGACAAUGAAGCCACCUCAGAGGAGUUCGAGGCCAUGAGCCUGCCCUUCACAGUGCCAAGUGCUAGUGGCCAGGACAUCCAGCUGAGCUCUAAGUACACACACAUCACCCUGGACAAUCGCGCAGAGUAUGUCCGGCUGGCAAUAAACUACAGACUCCGUGAAUUUGAUGAACAGGUGGCUGCUGUUCGGGAGGGCAUGGCCCGCGUGGUGCCGGUGCCCCUUCUUUCUUUGUUCACGGGAUAUGAACUGGAGACCAUGGUGUGUGGCAGCCCAGACAUCCCCCUGCAUCUGCUAAAGUCGGUGGCCACGUACAAAGGAGUCGAGCCUUCUGCGUCGCUGAUCCAGUGGUUCUGGGAGGUGAUGGAGUCCUUCUCCAACACAGAGCGCUCCCUCUUCCUUCGCUUCGUGUGGGGCCGGACGCGGCUGCCCAGGACCAUUGCUGACUUCCGGGGCAGAGACUUCGUCAUCCAGGUACUGGAUAAAUACAACCCUCCGGACCACUUCCUUCCUGAGUCCUAUACCUGCUUCUUCCUGCUGAAGCUGCCCAGGUACUCCUGCAAGCAAGUACUAGAGGAGAAGCUCAAGUACGCCAUCCACUUCUGCAAGUCCAUCGACACUGAUGACUACGCGCGCAUCGCCCUCACAGGUGAGCCGGCUGCCGAUGACAGCAGUGCCGACUCCGACAAUGAGGACGCGGACUCGUUUGCCUCCGACUCCACACAGGAUUACUUAACGGGGCACUGAGGGGGAGUGGCACCAUCUGGAAGCCACAAGACGCCGAGCAGGCGA